AUGAGUUUAUUUGGGACAAACACCGGCUUUGGAACCGGGGGGACAGGAGUCUUUGGCAGCACAACAACAGACAGUCAUAACCCCAUGAAGGAUGUAGAAGUGUCUUCUCCUCCUGAUGAUAGCAUCAGUUGCUUGGCCUUUAGUCCUCCCACUCUGCCUGGGAACUUUCUCAUUGGAGGAUCCUGGGCCAAUGAUGUCCGCUGCUGGGAAGUACAGGACAAUGGACAAACUGUCCCUAAAGCCCAACAAAUGCACACAGGACCUGUUCUGGAUGCUUGUUGGAGUGAUGAUGGUAGUAAAGUGUUCACAGCGUCAUGUGAUAAGACGGCCAAAAUGUGGGAUCUCAACAGUAAUCAAGCCAUGCAGAUAGCUCAGCAUGAUGGUCCGAUCAAAUCUAUUCACUGGAUUAAAGCUCCAAACUAUAACUGUGUUAUGACUGGCAGUUGGGACAAAACACUGAAGUUCUGGGACACACGCUCCUCAAAUCCCAUGAUGUCACUGCAGAUGCCAGAGAGAAGUUACUGUGCAGAUGUGGUGUAUCCCAUGGCAGUGGUAGCUACAGCUGAAAGAGGCCUCAUUGUUUACCAACUGGAGAAUCAGCCGUCUGAGUUCCGUCGCAUUGAUUCUCCUCUCAAACAUCAGCAUCGCUGUGUGGCCAUUUUCAAAGACAAGCAGAACAAGCCUACCGGAUUUGCUCUUGGAAGUAUCGAGGGGAGAGUGGCCAUUCACUACAUUAACCCUCCAAAUCCGGCUAAAGACAACUUUACCUUCAAGUGCCACCGGUCCAAUGGGACCAACACAACCACUCCACAGGAUAUCUAUGCUGUGAAUGCCAUUUCCUUCCACCCAGUGCAUGGUACUUUGGCCACUGUGGGCUCGGAUGGACGCUUCAGCUUCUGGGACAAAGAUGCCCGCACCAAGUUGAAGACCUCAGAGCAGCUGGACCAGCCCAUCACUGCAUGCUGUUUUAACAACAAUGGCAACAUCUUUGCAUAUGCCUCCAGUUAUGACUGGUCCAAGGGCCAUGAGUACUAUAACCCACAAAAGAAGAACUAUAUCUUCUUAAGAAAUGCUGCGGAGGAGCUGAAACCACGAAACAAGAAAUGGUGA